UUUGUUUUCCCUUUCUUUCCCUCCGCCAUCCCCGGCCGCGGGGGUGUGCGCGGCGGCGGCGGGCGCGGUAUAAAUGGAGCGAGCGGCGGGGCCGGGCGGCGGGCGGUGAGGGGCAGCUCCCCCAGGACCAGGACCAGGACCAGGACCAGGACCAGGACCAGGACCAGGACCAGGACCAGGACCAGGACCAGGACCAGGACCAGGACCAGGACCAGGACCAGGACCAGGACCAGGACCAGGACCCCCCGGUGCAGAGCACCAUGGCCGAAGAUCUGGUGCUGGAGACAUGGGACCUGCAGUGCGAGCACAAUGGCCGGGAGCACCGGACGGCGGAGAUGGGCUGCCAGCAGCUGGUGGUGCGGCGGGGGCAGCCCUUCACCAUCACCCUGCACUUCUCGGGCAGGGGCUACGAGGAGGGGGUGGACAAACUCGCCUUCAACGUCGAGACGGGGCCCUGCCCCAUCGAGACGUCGGGAACCAGGUCCCACUUUGCCGUGACCGACUUCCCAGAGGAAUCAGGCUGGAGCGCUGUGGUCCAGCAGCAGGACGGGGAGUCCCUCUCCGUCUCGCUCUGCUCCCCCACCACCGCCCGCAUUGGCCGCUAUAGCCUGACGCUGGAGACCUCCACCGGCUACCAGGGCACCAGCUGCCACAUCGGGGACUUCAUUCUGCUCUUUAAUGCCUGGCACCCAGAGGACACGGUUUUCCUCCGGGAUGAGGACGAGCGCUGCGAGUACGUGCUGUCGCAGCAGGGGCUCAUCUACCAGGGCGCCCGCGACUACAUCACCUCCACCCCCUGGAACUUCGGCCAGUUCGAGGAUGGCGUCUUGUCCAUCUGCCUCAAGCUGCUGGACACAAACCCCAAAUUCCUGAGGGACCAGAACCGGGAUUGCUCCCGCCGCAACGACCCUGUGUACAUCGGCAGGGUGGUGAGCGCCAUGGUAAAUUGUAACGACGAGGACCGGGGGGUGCUGGCGGGGCGGUGGGACAACCAUUACGAAGAUGGGAUGAGCCCGAUGGCCUGGAUCGGGAGCGUGGAUAUUCUCAAGAGGUGGAAGGAGUUUGGGUGCCAGCCAGUCAAGUACGGCCAGUGCUGGGUCUUCGCUGCCGUGGCGUGUACCGUCAUGCGGUGCCUGGGGAUCCCCAGCCGGGUGGUGACCAACUACCACUCGGCCCACGACACCAACGGCAACCUGGUCAUCGACCGGUACCUCAACGAGACCGGGGAGGAGGACCGGCGCUCCAGGGACAUGAUCUGGAACUUCCACUGCUGGAUGGAGUCCUGGAUGGCCCGUCCUGACCUGGCACCCGGCUACGAUGGGUGGCAGGUGCUGGACCCGACACCCCAGGAGAAGAGCGAAGGGGUUUUCUGCUGCGGGCCGGCCCCCGUCAGAGCCAUCAAGGAGGGCGACCUGCAGCUGAAGUACGACAUCCCCUUCGUCUUCGCGGAGGUGAACGCCGACGUGGUGUACUGGGUGGUGCAGCGUGACGGGUCGCAGAAGAAGAGCACCCACUCCUCGGUCGUGGGGAAGAACAUCAGCACCAAGAGCGUGGGCAGGGACAGCAGGGAGGACAUCACCCACACCUACAAGUACCCGGAGGGGUCUGAAAAGGAGAGAGAAGUGUUUGCGAAGGCAGAGCACGAGACGAGCUCUCUCAGGGAGGAGGACGAGGGGCUGCACCUCAAGAUCAAGCUGUCGGAGGGCGCAAACAACGGCUGCGACUUCGACGUCUUCGCCGUCAUCAGCAACAACACAGACGCAGAGCGCGUCUGCAGGCUCAUGCUGUGUGCUCGCACCGCCAGCUACAACGGCACCGUCGGGCCCCAGUGCGGCAUGAAGGACCUGCUGAAUGUCACCCUCGAGCCCGGGGCAGAGAAGAGCGUGCCCCUGCGCAUCCUGUACGAGCAGUACAGGGAGAGCCUGACCCAGGACAACCUCAUCAAGGUGGUGGCUCUCCUGACCGAGUACGAGACUGGCGACGUCAUUGUGGCCAUCAGGGAUGUCUACAUCCAGAAUCCAGAGAUCAAGAUCAGGAUUUUAGGGGAGCCGAUGCAGAAGCGGAAGCUGGUGGCGGAGAUCAGCCUGGUGAACCCCCUCGCAGCCCCCCUGAACAACUGCAUGUUCGUGGUGGAGGGCACCGGCCUCACUGACGGGCAGCAGGUCAAGGAGCUCGAGGAACCCGUGGAGCCGCAGGCGGAGGCCAAGUUCAGGCUGGAUUUCGUGCCGAGCCAGGCAGGGCUGCACAAGCUGAUGGUGGACUUCGAGAGCGACAAGCUGACGGGGGUGAAGGGCUACCGCAACGUCAUCAUCGCGCCCCAGCCCAACACUGACAGCCCCGGGCCGCAGAGCAGAUUUCAUAAACCAAACAGCAGAACGACCUUCUCCAGCACUGAUCGCACCUCAGCCGUGCUCACGCGUGGCGUUGCAAUUCUCUGAAUGCAAUUCGGCAGAGAAAAGAUUGUAUACUGUGAGCACAAAGCUGUUUAUAUGCUAUAUACAUACAUAACAAAUCUAUUUAUAGCUAUAUAAAUACAUACUGCAUAUAACCCUACUGCAUAGGUAAAGCAGAGUAUUCGCUUUAAUAACCAUUCCUGUCACUGCAAACACUGUGCAGUGAGGGAUGGGGCGUUACCUUGACAUGAAUUAACUAUGCAAGCACUGAAUAAAAACUCUAUUUUUCACUUUUAAAGCCA